AUGUGGCCGAAAUACACAGACACAUGGCAAGAAAACAUAGCCACACCAGACGUGGAUCUACCCGGGCCGUUCUUAUAUUACAUGUGGCCGGAAUACACAGACACAUGGCAAGAACACAUAGCCACACCAGACGUGGAUCUACCCGGGCCGUUCUUAUAUUACAUGUGGCCGAAAUACACAGACACAUGGCAAGAACACAUAGCCACACCAGACGUGGAUCUACCCGGGCCGUUCUUAUAUUACAUGUGGCCGGAAUACACAGACACAUGGCAAGAACACAUAGCCACACCAGACGUGGAUCUACCCGGGCCGUUCUUAUAUUGCAUGGGGCCGGAAUACACAGACACAUGGCAAGAACACAUAACCACACCAGACGUGGAUCUACCCGGGCCGUUCUUAUAUUGCAUGGGGCCGGAAUACACAGACACAUGGCAAGAACACAUAACCACACCAGACGUGGAUCUACCCGGGCCGUUCUUAUAUUGCAUGGGGCCGGAAUACACAGACACAUGGCAAGAACACAUAGCCACACCAGACCCAGACGUGGAUCUACCCGGGCCGUUCUUAUAUUGCAUGGGGCCGGAAUACACAGACACAUGGCAAGAACACAUAGCCACACCAGACGUGGAUCUACCCGGGCCGUUCUUAUAUUACAUGUGGCCGGAAUACACAGACACAUGGCAAGAACACAUAGCCACACCAGACCCAGACGUGGAUCUACCCGGGCCGUUCUUAUAUUGCAUGGGGCCGGAAUACACAGACACAUGGCAAGAACACAUAGCCACACCAGACCCAGACGUGGAUCUACCCGGGCCGUUCUUAUAUUGCAUGGGGCCGGAAUACACAGACACAUGUUAUGAAAACGAAAUAAACCCGAAGAAACCUCAAGCCAGUACAUAUGAGCAUGUAUAUACAGCGCCUUUGGAACAUCAGUAUACUGCCCAUGGUGCCAAGAGUUAG